AUGAGUCAGGAUGAUCUACAUCACGGACGCACAGAAGCACAGCUCGCGCAGGAGCCUGUGGUGUGCUGCAAAGAGGUGAUCAAACAGUUCGGUGAUCAGACUGUGCUCAAGGGGAUCAACCUGGAGGUGUAUCCCGGCGAGACGAUGGUGGUGAUGGGUGGCUCGGGUUCGGGCAAGUCCACGCUGCUGCGCUGCAUGAUCGGGACACACAAGGUGAACGGCGGAUCGAUCGAGCUGUUCGGACAGGACAUGGGGAGUUUGGACGAAGACGGGCUCAACGAUGUGCGCAAGAAGUUUGGGAUCUUGUUCCAAUCUGGCGCGCUGUUCAACUCGAUGACGCUCGCGGAAAAUGUGGCGCUCCCAUUGCAAGAGCACACGGAUCUGGAUCAAGAGAUCAUCGAUAUCCAGGUGAAGAUCAAGCUCGAGCUUGUGGGACUGCGCGAGCACGCGGACAAGUAUCCGGCGCAGAUUUCGGGUGGUAUGAAGAAGCGUGCGGGACUGGCGCGUGCGCUGGCGCUGGAUCCGAAGAUCUUGUUUUAUGAUGAGCCGAGCGCGGGGUUGGAUCCGGUGACGAGCGCCCAGAUCGAUCAGUUGAUCAUCGCGCUGACUAAGCAGCUCGGCGUGACGAGUGUUGUGGUGACGCACGAGAUGGACAGCGCGUUUACGAUCGCGGAUCGGAUGGCGAUGCUGGAUCGUGGGCGGAUGCUUUGCGUGGAUAAGCGCGAGUGGUUCGAGCAUUUGCGAGAUCUGGAUGAUGAAGCGACGGCGAAGCUGGACGAGGAUCGUCAGCUGGUGCGUCAGUUUUUGCGUGGUGCUCCGGACGGCCCAUUGGCCGCUCGUCGUGAUGAGCAGGGGUAUUCCGAGGAUCUGUUCGGGAUGACGGUGGAUCGCGUGACGCGGACGCCGAGUGUGGAGCCGACUCGUGGGUAUGAACGGAUGAGCAUGCGUGCGGUGAAUCAGAACAAUGUGCUUGCGGGAACCUUUGUGAUUGCUGGGAUCUUUCUCGCGGUCGCGAUGUCAUUCAUCUUGGGUGAUAUCGCUGGUAAGUUCGGGAGCAAGAACGAGUACAUCGUCCGCUUCCCAACAAGUGUUGGGGUGGUUGGGCUCGAAGCGGGCGCGGAUGUGACCUUCGCCGGAUUGUCGGUCGGGCGCGUGACUUCGGUGUCGGUGCAUUAUGAAGAUGACCAAGACACUGGUGCGAAGGUCCCGAGCGCGAUGGACGCGGUGAUCGAGGUUCAGAGUGAUCUGGUGAUUUAUGAGGAUGCGAUUGCGGAUUUGUCACCUCCGAUUCUGGGUGGGAUCUCGCGGAUCAAUAUCGCUUCAGCUGGGACAGGAUCGGUCGGUGUUGACGACGAGCGUCACGCGUGGGCAUCGGACCCCAACUCGACGCUUGAUAGCGGCGAGAUUUUGACUGGGCGCUUUGCGCCAUCGAUCCUGACACAGAUGGGAUUGGGUGCAGAGGAAGCGGAGAAGAUCAAGGCACUGAUCGAGCGUUUCCCAGAAUGGUCGGAUCGUGUUUCGAGCACAACAGAGCACGCUGAAGAGACCAUGGCGACGGUGCGCCGGAUGACAGAGAAGCUCGAACCCAACUUCAACAGCGGUGUGGAUGAUGGGAAGACAACGAUGGAGAACAUCCGGAUCUUCUCGGAGCGUUUGAGCGCCGAGGGUGGGUGGCGCGAUCGGAUCGAUUCGAUCAUGGAGUCUGCGGACAACGGCGUCGCGAAGUUUGAAACGACGCUCGAUGACGCGAAUGAGACCAUGGCGUCGGCGCGCGAGCUGAUCGAUGACAACAGCGGGAAGAUCGGGCGGAUCCUGGACAAUGUCGAGAACUCGACAGAACGCGUGCGGCUUGAGACGAUCGAUCGGAUGAAUGAUCUGUUGGCGCAGGGGUCGCUUGCGGUCGGAUCCGCGCAGGACACGAUCGAUGAGGUGCAGGGGGUGAUUGUUGAGAAUCGUCCUCGCGUCGGCACAACGAUGGUCAAUGUGCGUCAACUGAGUCUUGAUGCGAAGCUGAUGGUUGAGGAACUCCGGGCGCAGCCUUGGCGGAUUAUGAGCAAGCCGAGCAAGAGCGACCUGCGGCGUGAGCCGUUGUACGAAGCAGCGCGUUCGUAUGCUCGAGCGGUGUCGGAUCUGCGUUCAGCGAGCGAGUCGCUCGACACAGCGGUCCGGCUCGCGGGCGGCGCGGGGAGCGAUCCAUCCAAGAGUGCUGAGGAGCUGACGACUGAGCUCAUGCGUUUGGCGCAGGUUGUCGAGCAGGCGUAUGGGCGCUACGAGCAAGCCGAGCGUGGUGUCUGGUCUGAUGGUGAAGCAACUGUGGUGUUGGUGCACGGGCUUGAUGAGCCUGGCGGAAUCUGGGACGAGGUCGCGCCGGCGGUGCACGCUGAAGGGUUCCGUGUGGUGCGAUUCGAUUAUCCCAAUGAUCAGUCGAUCGCGCGGAGUGCGCUGGGGAUGAGCAGGGCGUUCGCGGCUUUGUCGGACUUGGGGAUCGAUGAGGUUGAUAUCGUGGCGCACUCGAUGGGGGGGUUGGUAUCGCGCGAGGCGAUGACCAAUCCUGCGCUUGGAGAUUCGAGCGGCGCGAUCUCUGGUGUUGAAGUCGAUCGGCUGAUCUUGUGCGGGACGCCGAAUGAAGGAUCGGGUUGGGCGCGAUUGCGCGGCGUCGCGGAGGUGCGCGAGCGCCUGCAGCGAUGGAUGGGGUCGGACGAUUUGGAUUGGACAAUUCUGAGCGAUCUAGGAGAUGAUGGGGACGGACAAGCGGGUGUGGACUUGCUUCCUGGAUCUGAGUUUUUGAGCGCGCUGAAUGCGCGCGAGAUGCCUGAGGGGGUCCGGGUGACUUGUUUGGUGGCUCGGAUCAUCGAGCCGACGAUGACGAAGGCGAGUGAGGGGUUUGAGGAUGCGGCACGAACGCUCGGAGACGGGGUGGUCACGAUGGACUCGGCGGCGCUGGACGGCUGUGAGGAUGUGGUGAUUCUGGUCGCGAAUCAUCGGAGCAUGCUGCGGACAGUGGAGCUGGAAGAGGGCUGGAGGGCGAUGGUGGGCGGAGAGCAAGCGCCCGAGCCUGUGGGAAUUGCGGUAAUUCUGGAUCGUCUGACGGCGGCGCGGAGAGCGCUGCUGCCGAGGGACGCGAAGCUGGUGCUUGAGCGUGGGAAAGACGGCUCACAGGAUCGCAGAGCGAUCAAGAACUUCGAUUUCGUGGUCUACGGCGAUCAGCAGAGUGGGACCGAGGACGCGUUUGAUGGGUGUUCAGCGGACAACUUGCUGGUCGAGAUCAAAGGGAGACGGCUCCCAAGACUGCGGCUCAAGGACGGUGCUCCAGCAAAGGCGCGGCUCGAAUCGUGGGUCACGAUGGAUGAUGUGGACGCGAUGCGAGCGUGGGAGGGGUUGUUUGGGGUUGGAUACACGGCGGUGUUCGUGUUUGUGUAUUGGUGUGAUGAUGUGCCUCCAGAUGGAUUGUUUACGGAAGUCUUCUCGCACGGUGAUCGGUGGUACACGCUCAGAGCGGUGUCAUUGCGGGAUUACGAGGCGCACAUGAAGGUGCGUUCACCGAAAUGGAGGACGGUGAAUCUGUCGAGCGAGGACUUUGAUCGGCUCUGGAGGGGGUUCUGUGGGGGUGGAUCGCGCCGAGUGAUGGGGCUGGAAGCGGAGGAUGCGGAGCCGUUGCGUCCGCCUCGUGUGGGUGAUGCGCCGAGCUCUCCGAAGUUCUUGGUGAUGGGCGUGAUCAUCGUGCUUCUGGCGCUGGUUGUGGUCGCGGUGACACUCAAAACCAAGCGCGGGCAUCAGGACUGCGCGGUUGUGCUCGCGGUUGUUGGGAUCGCGGGCGCUCAGCCGAGUGACUCGCGGCGCGUCGGUGGUCAGUACACCUGUGUUGGUGGCAAGACGAUCGGUGGAUACACCAAUGUCAUCUAUGUGCUCGACUCGGCGAAUCGUGAGAUGGUCGGACUGAGAUGGAACGACGGGACCAAGCAGCUUGAGGGCAUCGGGUAUCGAGAUCUUGUGGAAGACAUUACACAGGUUGUUGGGGGGAUCGAGCAGCCGGCGUAUGCGGAGAUGGCGAUCAACGACAGCGGAUACACGAUGAUGACCACCAACGGCGGCCCUGACGAGAUUCUGGUCUUGGUGGACUCGCGUCAGGAGUCGAUUCUGGUGUACCGAGCAGCGCAGACGGGCGGGAUCGAGCUGCUGGAGCGGUUUGAAGCCGACCUCGCGGAGUACCUCAAGGAGAAGGAGGAUCGCGAGGCGUACGAGAAGCUCAACGCUCCGUCGUCGAUCGUGGUGCGCUUUGGGUACUCGAUGAUGGUGGGGGAGUUUCCGUACAACGGCGAGGUGAAGCCGGGGUGCGGGAGCAAACUGGUGGUCAAGACGCAGCGCGGCACAGAGAUCGGUGAGAUGCUCACGAGCACUUGUCGCAACUCUGGAUGCUCGAAGAGUGUGAGCCGGAAGGAGAUGCUCGAGUACAUCGAGAACUCUGGUGGGCGCAAGUAUCCGUUCUACGAGCAGGGACGCGUGCUGCGCGUCGCGACAAAGGAAGACCUCGACGAGCAGGCGCGACUGGAGCAAUCCAAGCACGGCAUGCGGACGAUGGUGCGCGGACGCAUCAAGGCGCAUGGAUUGGAUAUGCGAUUGGUGGAGGUGGAGCCGAUCCUUGGUGGUGAGCGUGUGGUCGUGUAUUUCAGCGCCGAGGAUCGUGUGGAUUUCCGUGAUCUCGUCAAGGACCUGCAGGUUGAUCUGAAGAAUCGCGUCGAGCUUGUGCAGGUGGGGUCGCGUGAUGAGGCGCGGAUCGUUGCGGAUUAUGAGCGGUGCGGUCAGUACUGUUGCUGCAAGAACUUCUUGAAGGUCUUGAAGCCGAUCAGUAUGAAGAGCGCGAAGAUCCAGAAGGCGACGCUCGAUCCGCUCAAGAUCUCGGGACGCUGCGGGCGAUUGAUGUGCUGCUUGCGUUAUGAGGAUGAGACCUACGAGCAACUCCGCAAGAAUCUCCCUCAUCGCAAGAGCCGAGUCGGGACACCUGAGGGUGAUGGGAUGGUGAUUGAUUCACAGAUCCUGACGCAGCUGAGCAAGAUCCGAUUGGAUGACGGCACGAUCGUCGCGAUUCCGAUCGAGGAGUUGACGGAACCCAAACUUGCGAAAGCGCCGGAGGUGGGUGAGCGGAGCAUGCGACGCGAGCCGAGGGGAGAUCGUCGAAAAGGCGAGGCGAAAUCUGAGCGUACGGACAACUCAUCGGGUGAAGGCAAACGAAAGCGUCGUCGGCGUCGCUCUGGUGAUGAAAGUGCUGAGCAGGCACAGGGGGCAUCGAGUACACGCAACGCGGAUUCGGACAGUGCUGUUUCUGAGGAUGGCGUGGAGCGUCCACGCAAGCGUCGUCGCCGGCGCAGCAAGAAGCGCACGAAUCGCGGAUCAGGUGAAGGAUCCGCGCCGGCUCAAUCGAGCGGUGGUGAUUCUGGAUCGGAUGCUCCUCAGGCGAACGGAUCUGGGAAUGAUUCGGGUGAGUCGUCAGGGGGGGAUUGGUUGCGUAUUGUUGGGGCAAUGAGCAGCAACACCACGAGUAGCAAAUCAUCGGACACGCACCACAAGCCUUUGGGUUUCAAAGAGACGGCGACGAGUCUGAUCAUCGCGUUCAUGAUGGCGUUUAUCUUCCGCGGCUUCGUGGUCGAGGGGUUUCAGAUCCCCACGGGAUCGAUGGCACCGACGCUGCUUGGGAAGAAUGUUCGAUUCUCGAGUCCGCACAGUGGGUACGACUGGACGACUGGUCCUUGGACGAUGACCUCGCCUCGGAGUCGCGUGCCGGCGCGUGUGCAGGGGCCGAUCGAGGUGACCGAUCCGAUGACGGGGCUCGAUCAGGCGGAGACGAAUCGGAAGUUGUCGAGUGGUGAUCGUGUGUUCGUGCUCAAGUAUCUCCCGAUGCUGCACGAGCCGGAGCGGUGGGAUGUGGUGGUGUUCAAGAAUCCUGGGACGCACGAGAACUACAUCAAGAGAUUGGUCGGGCUUCCGGGUGAGCAGAUCGCGUUCGUGGACGGCGAUGUGUUUACACGCAGAUAUGUAGAGGGGCAGACGAGUACUGAGGGAUGGGACUCUUGGGCCGAGGAGAGCUGGAGCGUGGCGCGUAAGAGCGAGCGUGUUCAGCGUGUAAUGCUGCAGGAUGUCUCGGAUUCGAGGUACGCGCCUGUCGAGGUGACUCCGGAGUAUCGCUCUCCUUGGGAUGGGGUCGGGAGUGGUUGGGACGGCGUGCGGACUGAUUCGAGCUUUACCUAUGCGGGAUCGGGUGAAGCGAGGUUGGUGUGGAAUGGUGUUCGUCCGAUCACGGAUCGCAACUCGUACAACCAAAUCUUUGCGGGGUUUGACCUCAAUGCCACACCUUUGAUGGAGCAGUUCUCUCAGGGGAACUUCCGUCCGUUUUAUGUUUCGGAUAUUGCGUUGUCUGCGGAUAUCGAGAUGACAGAUUCCGCGGUCUCGGCGACUCCGAUGGUCUCGGCGCGUGGUCAUCAGUUCCGCGGGAUCGUGGAUCCUGGUGCUGGCGCGGUGCGUGUCGAGAUGCGUGAGGAUGUCGAGGGCGCGGAGUGGCGCGUGCUCGAUUCUGGGAGCAUUAGCACACGAUCGGGUGGGGUGAUCGGUGUUGAGUUCUGGCACAUCGAUCAGGCGCUGUGGUUGUUUGUGGACGGCAAGCUCGUGUGCGGCGGUGCGGAGAAUGGGGCGUACGACAUGACCCCUGUUGAGCGUGCGGCUGCCGCGACUGGGAUGAGUCCGGAAUUGUUGGCGCGUGAUCGUGAGGUUGGUGAUGGCGUGCGUUCUCCGGGGGUUCUCUCGCGUCCUGAGAUCUACAAACCUGCUCAAGUGGAGUGGUCGUUUGAUGGCGGCGGGUUCACGCUGCACAAUGUACGCGUUCGCAGGGAUAUCAGCUACAAGAACAUGUCACGCGAAUCAGCGGUGGGACGCGCGACGCGAGGGGGACAUCCCAACAACUAUCCGACGCUGCAUGACGACGAGUUCUUCAUGUGCGGCGACAACUCGGCGCGUUCAGAGGACUCGCGAUUGUGGACUGACAGCUCGAUCGUGCCUUGGGUAGAAGAGCUGAUUGAUGAUCGCGCGGGGAUGGUCAACGAAGACCUGAUCGUGGGCAAGGCGUUCGUGGUGUACUGGCCGAGCUUGCUCAAAGAGGGACAAGACGAUAUCGAGCGAUCCCAUCACGCCGAGGGUGAGGGAGAUGAUGCCGUUGAGCGUGAAGAACGCGAUGGGGAUCCCCGCUUUGCCUCGCUGAGCGAGGAUGAUGUGCUCGUAGAUCAGCAGCAAUGCGGUCUGCAGCAGCGCGAGGAGCGCGAAGAGAUGGAACAGCCUUGCGAUCCAGAUUGCAGACUUCCAUCCGAACUUUGCGGGGAUGGAGUUGAGGUUGGCGCUGCGGUCGUGCUCGAGGUCUUGGAGCGCGUAGAUGAUGUCGAAUCCCGCGACCCAGAGCAGGACCAUGAGCGCGAGGGUGAAGACCUCGGGGGUUUCUGGGAGCAGGGUUGGGUUGAUGGCGAUCGCGGCGGCGAUCGGGGACGCGGCGAGGGCGCCUCCGAGGAAGAGGUGACAGAGGAAGGUGAAGCGCUUGGUGAAGGAGUAGAACCCGAUCCACGCGAGGACGGGGAUGGAGAGCUGGGUGGGGAGCCAGUUGUUGUAGAAGAAUCCGAAUCCGGCGGUGGUGAUGACGAACGCGAUCGCGGUCGCGGAGAGCAGGAGGAAGCCGUCGCGGCGCGAGAGUUGUCCCGAUGCGAAGGCGCGUCGUUUGGUGCGCUCGUUCUCGGCGUCGAGGUUCAUGUCCGCGACGCGGUUGACGAGCAUCGCCCAGGUCCGCGCAAAGACCAUCGCGAGGAUGAUGAGGGUGAGAGUGAUGGGGAGAUCGGAGAAGUCGAUCGACCCUGA